AGGUCUCAUUCAACUCACCCUCUGACUGUUCACGGACCCUUGAAGCGUCCCAGCCGCUCGCCGUGUGAUUCUCCUGUUGUCUCGGUACUUAUACUCAACCUCAGUCUCCCGACAACCUUUCCUGGGGCAGAUGCUCGAGCUGGCUUGUUCUGCCCCCCUUCCGCUUUCUCGACCGUGUCCCUUCCGGCUUCUGCCAUCAUGACGGGUGCUAUCGCUACGUCGCGCUACAGCGCCGACGACUUUGAGACGGCCUCCAUUCGCUCUGCUGCGCCUUCUUAUGUUUCGGAAGCGCCCUCUUACCACUCGAUCAACCCGUUUCCCGAGGCUGUACCGCCGUAUUCUCCCCCAGUCAGAACUACAGCCGCACCCCGAACAACGUCUCUCGUUCCUCAUAGCAGCGGAACCUCGACUCCCACCAACCGCCAGCGGACGAUCGGCCUCCCUCCUGUGCCCGCUGCUCCUCUGCGGUCCGUGCCGAACCUGAACAACUUCCGCAUCGCAACAUGGUCCUCUGUCGCCAGCAACCCUGCUGCUCGACACUACCAUAAUGUUGCCCAGCGUCGGAUGACUGCUCAGACACGCGAUCCAGUGGACAGCCUUCGUCGAGCCAUGACCGACCUCACCGAGCAAGACCAGCAGGAUAGAUCUACCAGCCGGCCUCUUGAAGACCCGUAUUUGGUUGGGGAAGUCGCCGCGGCGAGGGCACGCCAGGAGCGAAUCGCGCGUGAGUCGGGAGACGACAUCCUUUUGCGCGAGGACCGCCAGUGGGACUGGUUCUUAGCUCGAAUGAAGGACUCGGACGAGCGAGAGCGGAACUGGAACAGGUUCCGUCGUGACGUAGACGUGGGAAGCCGCAAAAAGCUCCUGCGUCGCAUCGGUGGUCGCCGUUUGAUGUGA